CGGAGUCCGUGGAGGACACGUUUGGAUGGGAUCGAGCAGUUGACGGGGGAAAGUGAUGGAUUAGUUUGUCCUUGGCCAUUUUGGCGCGACUGCACUCUUCAGUCUUCACCAUUCCGUUGUACCCGGCCACGUGGCACCGCGUCGCGCUUUUACCACUUCCCCGGUUCCCUCUCCCUCCCUGUGCUUUUCAACUCAAAAAAGACUCCAAAAAUACCAGAGAGAGAGAGAGAGAGAGAGAGAGAGGGAGGAAUUUCUUCCAGUAUGGUGACAGUUUAAGAGAGAGAGAGAGAGAGAGAUGAGCUCUAACCGGAAGCAGCAGCAGCAGAAGCGAAGGCUCGAAAGACGAAACGCGAUCAAGAACGUAGACUACGAGCCGUCCUGUUACGCGUGCGAAUGGCCUCCGCCUCAAUUCCGGGCGAAAUCGCUCGACGACCUAGACCGGGGUAGUCUCCGCAUCCGAGGAACCGACGGCGAGUUCGAUCGAAUUUGCACCUUCUUGGGGCUUUCUGGACCCGACGAUUUCGCUAUUCCGGCUGCGGAUUGGGAGGCUCGUAAGUCUCGCUCUUGCCAUUUGCUUAGCCCUAGUUCUGGUGGUACUAGUCAUAAUUUGGAGAGACUCGGUGUUAGUGGAUUCGUUGAAGAUGCUUUAUCAGAUGCUUUUCAAGCUCAGAUUCGAGUUGGAGACAAGUGUUCUCGGUUAAAGAAUGGUUUAAAAAAUCCAGCAGAGGUACAAGCUAGGGUUAGAAAGAUUGAUGAAGUUAGACAUGAUGACAACGAGUCUCGGGUUAGUGUGAGAUGCAGUAGGGUAGGUGGAUGUGGAAUCAAGGGUGAUCGGCCGCCAUUACUUGUUCCUCCGCCGGCAAUUACGCAACCUGUAGUGGACCAUGUUAGCUCAACUUGGGAUUUGUUGAGGUCUUUUGGACCUCAAGACGACGAGGAGUUGUGUUCAACAGAAGGGUUAGGGAUUACGACUAGCGUAAUGUCGAAAGAAGAGGAUAGGGGAAUUGAAGAAGACGUCGAGGGAGUUGAUGGCGAAAUUGUGGGCGAAUUAGAUAUCGAUAGGGUGUUGGUAAGAGAUGAUAGUGUUAGUUUGGAAUCUUGUCCGGAUACAUCAAAUGAUGGUAAGGAUGAGGUAUCCUCUAAUGCGAUGACUAGGGAACCUUUGAAUUCUAUUUCUCCUAAUGGGGAGUUUGAGCGCAGCAUCAAGUGUUGGCAGAAGGGCGACUUUCUUGGGAGAGGGUCUUUUGGAACAGUGUAUGAAGGCUUCACCGACGGAGGGUUUUUCUUUGCUGUGAAGGAGGUGUCUUUGCUUGAUCAAGGAAGCCAGGGAAAGCAAAGCAUUUUUCAACUUGAACAGGAGAUUUCCCUCUUAAGCCAGUUCGAACAUGAGAACAUAGUUCAAUAUCUUGGUACCGACAAGGAUGAUAGCAAACUCUACAUCUUUCUAGAACUUGUAACCAAAGGUUCGCUUGCAAAUCUCUACCAAAAGUAUCAGCUACGGGAUUCCCAAGUCUCAGCGUACACAAGACAGAUUUUGAAUGGCUUGAAUUAUCUUCAUUGCCGUAAUGUGGUUCACAGGGAUAUCAAGUGUGCUAACAUAUUGGUGGAUGCAAGUGGAUCUGUAAAACUUGCAGAUUUUGGAUUGGCAAAGGCUACCAAACUAAAUGACAUAAAAUCAUCCAAAGGGACUGCUUUCUGGAUGGCGCCAGAGGUUGUUAAUAUGAAGAACCAGGGAUAUGGGCUUGCAGCUGAUAUAUGGAGUCUUGGAUGCACAGUGUUAGAAAUGUUAACCUGCAAAAUUCCUUAUUCUCACUUGGAAGUGAUGCAAGCAUUAUUUCGGAUUGGCAAGGGUGAACUUCCUCUUAUUCCUAGUUCCUUAUCAGUUGAUGCCCAAGAUUUUAUCUACAAAUGCUUGCAAGUUAUCCCAGAUGAUCGGCCUACUGCUGCUCAACUAUUGGACCAUCCCUUUGUAAAGAGACGACUGUCAAGUUCAUCGGUGCCCCCAUCUCCGUACCGUAAUGGCACAAGGGCUUGAAACUUUGACUGACUUUUGGUCGUGAUAUCAAGUUGGAAUGAGGUGGCAGAUGGAGAUAUUAUACUUCAUCUGAUUUGUUGGAUCAAAGGUUGGAAGAGCGAGAUUCAACAUUCAUGACUUGAAAGUUCAGUAUCUUGGAACUAUAGAAGCAUUUUAAUGCGUGAAUUUGUUUUCUUCUAUCUGAGUGUGCGCGUUGGGGAGAAUUGGGAAUUGGUAGUGAUACUUAUUGGGCGCAGUAGUUCCUAAAAGGCAUCACCUAUCAGUUUCAUGCAUCCCCGUUAACUCAGCCUACACAGUCCAUUAUUUCACUCCUGAAGCUAGUUUCUUGACAUAUCCUUUGUGACAUCGACAUGGCUAUUCCAUUGAUUGAAUUUGGCUCCGUCGGUGGUUGUAAUUUGUUAUACAGUUCUAAGUCUAAUUUACUAUGCAGGGAUCAUCUACAAGGAAACACACAUCUUCUUGUUCUCGCAGAGGAGUUGAUUUUGUCUAAGCUUAUGGUGGACAGGUCUUGAAUAUUGAUCGUUACAGUGUAAUAUUUGUGGUCUGUGUCUGUGUAACCGUACACGCUCGCGCACAAUCUCAUAAUUACCUUGUAUUGGCGUAAAGGAUGUGGGAAUCAUGAGUGUGUGAUUGUACAUAUUAUUGAGCAGCACAACUGGAGGUGUAUUUUCUCAAUGAGUUCGAUUGUUCCAGUAUAUUGUGUGCGAACAGUGCGAUUAAGAAUUUCUCAAAUAAUAGUUAGUAUUUUUUUU